AUGACAUUAUUUAAUUCAACAAUUUUCGCCAUUUCUGCUGCUCGGCCUCGGGCUGAUGUUGCAUAUUGCAUCUAUGCUCUUGCUAGGCGGUUGUCAAGGACACAUAAUUGGGCGGUUGCAUUGAAAACUCUAAUAGUCAUUCAUCGUGCUCUGAGGGAGGUGGAUCCCACAUUUCAUGAAGAACUCAUUAAUUAUGGAAGAAGUAGAAACCAUAUGCUUAACAUGUCUCAUUUCAAGGAUGAUUCCAGUCCAAACGCUUGGGAUUACUCUGCCUGGGUUCGCACUUAUGCCUUAUUCUUGGAGGAGAGGCUGGAAUGUUUUCGUGUCUUGAAGUAUGAUAUUGAGAUGGACCGCCCAAGAACCAAAGAUUUAGACACUGCAGAGUUGCUCGAGCAGCUGCCAGCUUUGCAACAACUUCUUUUUCGUGUUCUUGGCUGUCUGCCACAAGGUGCAGCUGUUCAUAAUUUUGUUAUCCGGUUGGCACUUUCAAUGGUUGCUUCCGAAAGUAUCAAAAUUUAUCAAGCUAUAAGUGAUGGUACAGUCAAUCUUGUAGACAAGUUCUUUGAGAUGCAACGUCCUGAUGCUUUGAAGGCUUUGGACAUAUACCGGAGAUCUGGGCAACAGGCAGAGAGGCUUUCAGAAUUUUACGAAGUAUGUAAAAGUCUGGAUGUAGGGCGUGGAGAAAGGUUUAUUAAGAUAGAGCAGGUUAGGAUCCUCCACCUUUGGUGCCUUCUGAAACUGAUUUGCUUGUCCUUGAAUUCUACCUCCUUCAUCGUUUCUGCCAUCAAAGAUACCACCACCGUUUCGUUGGCUAAAGUCAAUAGUGAUUAUAAGGAAUUGGAUAUUGCUAUAGUAAAGGCCACAAAUCAUUAUGAACGCCCAGCAAGGGAGAAAAACAUUAGAGCAAUUUUCGCCGCCAUUUCAGCUACUAGGCCUCGGGCUGAUGUUGCCUAUUGCAUCCAUGCUCUUGCAAGGCGGUUAUCAAGGACACAUAAUUGGGCGGUUGCAUUGAAAACUUUGAUAGUCAUUCAUCGUGCUUUAAGGGAGGUGGAUCCAACAUUUCAUGAAGAAGUCAUUAAUUAUGGAAGAAGUAGAAACCAUAUGCUUAACAUGUCUCAUUUCAGGGAUGAUUCCAGCCCAACUGCUUGGGAUUACUCUGCCUGGGGCACUUAUGCCUUAUUCUUGGAGGAGAGGCUGGAAUGUUUUCGUGUCUUGAAGUAUGAUAUUGAGAUGGACCGCCCAAGAACCAAAGAUUUAGACACUGCAGAGUUGCUCGAGCAGCUGCCAGCUUUGCAACAACUUCUUUUUCGUGUUCUUGGCUGUCUGCCACAAGGUGCAGCUGUUCAUAAUUUUGUUAUCCGGUUGGCACUUUCAAUGGUUGCUUCCGAAAGUAUCAAAAUUUAUCAAGCUAUAAGUGAUGGUACAGUCAAUCUUGUAGACAAGUUCUUUGAGAUGCAACGUCCUGAUGCUUUGAAGGCUUUGGACAUAUACCGGAGAUCUGGGCAACAGGCAGAGAGGCUUUCAGAAUUUUACGAAGUAUGUAAAAGUCUGGAUGUAGGGCGUGGAGAAAGGUUUAUUAAGAUAGAGCAGCCUCCUUCAUCGUUUCUACAAGCCAUGGAAGAGUAUGUAAGAGAAGCUCCACGGUCUUCUGCAGUUCGCAAAGAUCAGGCUGACAAACCCAAGGAAGUGUUGGCCAUUGAGUACAAGAAAACCCCAGAGGAGCAGGAGAAACGUUCACCAUCACCUCCUCCUCCUGAACCAGAAAAAGUGGAGAAAGUGGAAGAGCCUAUUGUUGAACCUCCUGAUUUGUUGGGUUUAAAUGAUCCUGUCCCAGUUGCUUCAGAAUUAGACGAGAAGAAUGCCUUGGCAUUGGCUAUUGUUCCUGUUGCCGAGCAAACAACUGCUGCUGCCGCUCCUAUUCCAGCAAAUGGUAAUACAAGCUGGGAAUUAGCACUUGUCACUGGUCCAAGCUCAAACGAAAACGCCACUGCCGCUAGCAAACUGGCUGGAGGACUCGAUAAGCUUACACUGGACAGCCUAUAUGACGAUGCAAUCAGAAGAAGCAACCAGAACGUUAGCUAUAAUCCAUGGGAAGCAGCUCCCAUGUCUGGUGCUAUGAUGCAACAACCGAUGCAUGACCCCUUUUAUGCCUCCAACAUGGUUGCUGCUCCACAUUCAGUCCAGAUGGCAGCAAUGGCCAAUCAGCAGCAGGCUUUUAUGUUCCAGCAGCAGCAACAGCAGCAGCAGAUGAUGAUGGCGGCCGCCCCACAACAGCAGCCUUCAAAUCCAUUCGGCAAUUAUGGAGCCCCUGUACACCCUUACAGCUCAGGUAUGCCGGUUCAAACGUACAAUCCAUAUACAGGAGGUCUUAUGUAGAUGCGUUGCACGAAGAGCACGUUUUAUAUCUUGAAGCAAAGGAAAAAAAAAAGAACUGUGAAACUUUGUCAGUUGUGAAUUUUGAGCUUGGGAAAUGCUUGAAGAAAAGGAAAUUGUGUACCAUAUGUUGUGAAUGUGUCGUAGUUAGCUAGAUUAAGAUUCUUUGUUAAAUAAUUAGUGAGAGAGAGAGGGAGAGAGCAUUUUGUUAUUGAUUGUUUUCAUUGAUCAAGGUUGGUAAUAAUGCUUAUAGACUUGGUAACUUUUUUAUCAUUAUUAUUUUUUGUUUCUCUAAAA